AUGUGGGAAGGAGCUAAUGGAGGAGAUGGGGACAGCGGAAGAAAGAAGGCAAUCGUCGUCAACAUAGCAAAGGCAAAAGGUGCGAUGCGUGCUAGGUUCCUGGCGGUGGGCAUCUUCCUUUCGAUGCUCGUCGUCAGUACCAAGCACGUAGUUGACACGAUGAAGAAGAUAUGGAAGGUGCGUGGCGUCGUCGAGAUGUGCCCCCUCGACGGGAGGCGCUUCGUACUGGAGUUCGAGGAGGAGGGUGACUUCAUCCAUGUCACCAAAGGUGGCCCGUGGAGGUACCGAGAGGACCCGGUCCUGAUCGAGGCCCUCAAGGAAGGAGAAGAACCAGAAGAUAUGAAGUUCAGCUCAGUGCCUAUCCGGGCACAAUUCAGAGAUAUUCCUCACUACCUCCUAUCCAAGGAGCUAGCGAGGGAGUUGGGGAAAAAGGUAGGAGAACUUAUUACAAUAGACAAUUUCUCACGGGGUGAUAUUUGUGACAAGGUUAUCAGGGCUAGAGUGAGGCUGCCAAUCAAUAUCCCGCUGCUUAGAUGGACCCUGUUGAUGGACGAGAUGACGGGAGAGAAGGUGGUGUCAAGCAUCUUCUACGAACGCCUUCCAAGCUUCUGCCUGUGCUGCGGCGUCAUCGAGCACCAGGAAGCGAGCUGCCCCAUUCCGGCUGAACACUGGUGGAAGAAGUACAGUAGGGAGCUGGAGGUACCGCCUCUUCAUCACGAGGACAUGCGGCACUGGUCCCUCCCGGAGAAGACAGGGCAGGUGCGAUGA